AUGGGAACCAAUAAAAAGCGUAUUGAACUGUUGGAGGCUGGGCUCGGUGAGGUGCAAGAUGGGCUACACCGGAUGGAGCUCAGCAUGACAGACAGGCUGCGGCAAUUGGAAGAGACUCUUAACCGACUCUCUGAUGUAUUACUUGCAGAUCAGGAGCUUCCAAAUCAUGGUAACCAAUACCGUGAAAGCCACAAUGGGGGACGGCUUGUCGUAUCCUCCAAAACAGCAAAAUUGGAAUUUUCUCGAUUCUCCGGAGAUGACCCGACGGAGUGGUUCAAUCGUGUGAACCAAUUCUUUGAAUUCCAGAACACUCCCGAUGACAAGAAGGCAGAUUUUGAAGAUGAACUUUGGGCGCGUUUUGGACCUUCAGAUUGUGAGGAUUUUGACGAAGCUCUAUCACGAAUCAGACAAACUGGUUCCCUGCGUGAAUACCAACGGGAAUUUGAACAAUUAGGCAAUCGGGUCACAGGCUGGACGCAAAAGGCUCUUGUGGGAACCUUCAUGGGUGGUUUAAAGACAGAGAUAUCGGACGGGAUCCGCAUGUUUAAACCACAGACAUUAAAAGAUGCCAUUCGCUUCGCACGGAUGAGAGAUGACCAGCUAAUGAGACAAAGGAGAGUUACACGACCUACACCACCAGUGCGAGCUCCACUAGCCCUUACACCAGCAAAUCGAGCAGCGCCCGUAGCACCUGUCCGGCGAUUGAGUUGGGAAGAAAUGCAACGGCGACGUCUCCAAGGUUUAUGCUUUAAUUGUAAUGAACGGUUUACUGUAGGACAUAAAUGUCAAGGGCCACGGAUACUUAUGUUGGAGGGACGUGGGGACAACAACAACAUAUUUUGCGACGACGUCACCCAUGAACGGCAAGCAGAAGAAAACCAAGAGGAGCCCCUCGAACCGGAGAUUACAUUGCAUGCAUUAACGGGAUGGUCCGUGCCCAAGACCAUGCGUGUAGCGGCCAAGAUCGGUUCCCACGAGAUCAUCGUACUCGUAGACAGUGGAUCAACUCACAACUUCAUUAGUGAGAGGUUGGCCAAUGAACUGAGGUUACCAGUAGUGCCAACUGAGAGGUUCACCGUACGGGUAGCUAACGGGGACAAACUGAAGUGCCAGGGACGUUUCGAAGAGGUACGAGUGGACCUCCAAGGCACUCUUUUCUCUUUAACUCUCUAUUCUCUUCCUCUGACAGGGCUGGAUCUAGUUCUGGGUAUUCAAUGGCUUGAAAUGCUAGGUUCCGUGGUUUGCAACUGGAAGCAGUUAACCAUGGAGUUUCUUUGGGAGAACCAGAUUAGGCGGUUACAAGGGACCAACGGUGAAAUUAUUCAAGCCGCAUCACUCGAGGAGCUCUCAAAGGAGGCUCGCCAGGGCCAUUUCAUUUUCGCACUAUGCCUACUCGACGGUGCCCAGGAGCUGAACAAAAAAAUGCAUCCUGAUAUGCAGCAAAUAUUACAGGAAUUUUCGGAGGUAUUCCAGGAACCUUCAAGUCUACCACCCAUCAGAGAAGUUGAUCACUGCAUCUCUCUCAAAGAAGGAACCGAGCCAAUUAACGUCCGACCGUACCGUUACGCAUACUAUCAAAAGGAGGAGAUCGAAAAACAAGUACACAAUAUGUUAAACGCAGGCCUCAUCCGACCCAGUACAAGCCCGUUUUCAUUGCCAGUACUAUUAGUGAAGAAGAAAGAUGGAAACUGGCGUUUUUGCACAGACUAUCAGGCACUCAACGCGGCCACUGUGAAGGACCGCUUCCCCAUUCCCACGGUUGAGGACAUGUUGGACGAACUCUAUGGUGCUUCGUAUUUCACCAAGCUAGAUCUGAGAGCUGGGUACCAUCAGGUACGAGUAAAUCCUCCAGAUAUUCCAAAAACUGCUUUCCGAACUCAUAAUGGACAUUAA